AUGGCCGCCGGCGGUGCGGCGGGCGGUGAGCGGUGGAUGUCGUCGUCGGCAGCCAGCAAAGGAAGGCUAGAAGGGAAGAUUGCGCUAAUCACCGGAGGCGCGAGUGGGCUCGGCAAGGCGGCGGCCCAGGAGUUCAUCCAGGAGGGCGCGCAGGCCGUGAUCCUCGCCGACAUCAACUCCAAGCUGGGCCUCGAGACGGCUGACCAGCUGGGCCCAAACGCCCACUUCGUGCACUGCGACGUCGCCGCCGAGGACAGCGUCGCCGCGGCCGUGGACGCCGCCGUGGCGUUGCACGGCCGGCUGGACGUCAUGCUCAACAGCGCCGGCGUCGUGGGCCCGCUGUCCCCCGGCACGUCGCAGAUCGCCAGCCUCGACUUCGCGCAGUUCGACGCCGUCAUGUCCGUCAACGUGCGUGGGACGCUGGCGGGGAUCAAGCACGCCGCGCGCGUCAUGCUGCAGACGCCGGCGCCGGCCGCCGCGGGCGACGGUGCCGGCGGAGGGUCCAUCCUCUGCAUGGCCAGCAUCAGCGGCAUUCUCGGCGGGCUGGGCACGUACCCAUACUCGGUGUCCAAGUUCGCCAUCGCCGGGAUCGUCAAGGCCGCGGCGGGCGAGCUCUCGCGCCACGGCGUCCGCGUCAACUGCAUCUCGCCGUACGCGGUGCCCACGCCGAUGGUGGUGGAACAGUUCUCGGCGAUGCUGGGCGGAGCUGCCGACGAGGCGCAGGUGGCGGCCAUCAUCAGGGGGCUCGGGGACCUCAAGGGCGCCACCUGCGAGGCGGAGGACAUUGCCAGGGCCGCCGUGUACCUUGCCUCCGACGACGCCAAGUACGUGUCUGGGCACAACCUUGUGGUUGACGGCGGAUUCACGAGUUACAAGCACAUGAACCUGCCCUUCCCUACCAAGCCACAGGAGUGA